AUGUCACGCAAAUUCGCAUCAAGACGUACAGUUGAACAAGAGACACCUACUGAUAAUCUUGAUAGUAUUUGUUCUCAACGAUCUGUAGCUGAUGUAUGUGAAAGUGGUGGUUUAACAGAUCAAGCCGUUAUAACUGGUAUUUCUUCAUGCGGAACUUUACCUGCUACGACUGGAACAAACGAUGACAUCAAUGGGGUUGGAGGUGGCGUUGGAACAACUGUUCCAAGCACCACCUCUGUUCAUAUGGAUAGUACAAUGAAUGAUUCGUCAAUAGCACCUACGGAUCAAACAUCAUCCCAUUCACUUGGCUUACCAAAGCCGAUACCAACAAAUGAAGCUGAUUUUUUAUGUACAACUAUUGAAAAUGUUUCACAUGUCCGUUUUGAAUGGACAGUCGAAGAUUUCUAUCCACAAAUGUAUGAAUGUGGUGAUAUGAUUCAAAGCGAAGAAUUUCCACCAUAUGAUUUACAAAAAGAAUAUUGGACACUUCGUAUAUAUCCAAAAGGUCAUCAACGUUUUCAAACACUAUCCAAAGAUCAACCGGCACAAGACGAUACAUUAUUAUAUUUCACAUUGUGCCCUUCUCAUUGUACAACACAAACACAACAAACUCCAUCGUCAACAACCGGUAUUCCGAAUGCCGGUCAACAAAAUGGAUCCGGUUCAUCAACAUUAAACAAUGCAAAUCAUAUUGCAUCAUCAUUAAUGAAUAAUUCAAAACAAUUACAAAUUUAUUUUCGUGCAUUAAUCAAUUUUUCUAAUCCACAGGGUAAAAUUUUUCAUCAAGAAAUAAAUCAUGAAUGCGGUGGAAAUAUUGUUGAUGAAUUAAUAAUAAUGAAAUUAUCGAAACAAACGUGCGAACAAUUAUACAAAGAUUUAAAAGAUCAUUUAAUUAUAUCAUUAGAAUUAAUGUCAAUCGAUGAUUUAUACAAACGUAGUAUGAAAAGUACAUCAAAAAUAUACUCAGAUACGUCAAGAGUUGUAUCAAAAGUGUUAAAAAUGAAAUUACGUUGGAAAAUUGAAAAAUUUUCAACAUUAGUGAAUGAAUCACCAUCUCACGGAUUUAUUGAAUCAUCAGAAUUUAAUUUUACUAAAAAUCGUGCAACUGGUGUGACAACAACAACAAUUGAAAAAGAAAAAGACGUUUCAACAGAUCAACCUCAACAACAAGGUGAUGUGACCGAUGAUCAACAGUUAACAAAUGGAAGUAAAAAAGAUGAACAACAACUAUCAUCAGUAUCAGAUAUUCCACCUCAUCAAUGGUCAUUAAUAUUGUACCCAUCGGGUAAAACUGAACGAUUUAAAGAAUCAUUAUCCGUAUUUCUUGAACAUACAUUUGGUCCGAGUGUAAGGGUUGUUAUACGAUUUUCGUUGAUUGAUGCUCGUGGUCGACGUGUUAAUACCAAACAAUUACCAUCACAUAUUUUGGCUCCCGGUGAGAGAUGGGGUGUUGGUGAUUUUAUUAAACAUUCAACAUUAUUACAAGCACAACAGCAAUUAUUUCCCGGUAAUGAAUUGCGAUUAUAUUGUCAAAUUAAAAUAUUAGAAAGACAGUCAAUUGAUGAACGAAAAUAUUUAACUCAUCCAGCAAUAAAAAGCUUAUUACCAAAUAGAAAAUCGAUUCAGGGUGGAACAAACACAAGUUCAAUUAUUGAUGAUCCAGCAACCUAUUGGUCAAAUUUAUUUUAUACGGCUUAUUUGGAAAAAAAACUAUGUGACAUGUUUAUACGUUGUCAAAGUGAAUUGUAUCAUGUACAUAAAUUAGUGUUAGGUUUACGUUCAAGUAAAUUCGAACAAAUGAUUAAAGAUCAAAGUAGUACAAGUCAAACAAACCAUCAUGGUAAAACUACAAACGAUAAUGCUAUGGAAACAGAAACAAAUGAAAAUCAAACAACUGGUAAAGGUGGACAAUCAAUUUUGACAAUUGAUGUUGAUGAUAUUGAACCAAAAACAAUGUUAUAUUUUCUUGAAUAUAUUUAUACGGGUGGAAUAAAAAAUUUAUCAUCAACAGCCGUAUCACAUACGCUGAUCAUUGAUUUAUUGACCAUUGCAGCAACGUACGAAAUGCCUGAUUUGAAAAAUUAUGCCGAAUAUUAUUUAAAAGAUAUUAUACGUGUUGAUAAUGCAUGUGAAUUAUUAAUGUUGUCCGAUCAAAUGAAAUCUGAUUGUCUAAAACAAACAACGUGUGAUUAUAUUGCAAAUAAUUUAGGAUUAAUUAUGGAUACAACUAUCGAUUUGCAUGUAUCUACUAUUGGCUGGAAACAAUUGAAAGCAAGUCAACCCGAUUUGAUCGACACAAUAUUGAAAUCAUAUUGUGUAUUUAUGGAUCCAAUUGAAGAGCAACGUUUGCGAACUAUUCAACGUGAAUAUCUCGAAUUUUUGGAUGAUAGUGAGCAUGAUGGUAUUUAUCAAGAGAAACUGAAACAUUUGAUUGCAAAUGAUGAAUGCCGUUUAAUAGUAAAUAUUAAUGAUUUGAGACACAAAAAUCCUCGAAGAACAAAAGCGUUGCAACAAAAUGCAUUUGAAGAGUUAAUAUGUUUUCAACGUGCAUUAAGAGAACUUAUAUCAGCAGCAGAUGUUACAUAUGCAAAGCAAUAUGAAGAAUUUUAUAUUGGUCUUGAAGGAAGUUUUGGAGCAUUGCAUUUAUCGCCACGUACUAUUCAUGCAUCAUAUAUAGGAAAAAUUGUUUGCGUUGAAGGAAUUGUUAAUAAAUGUUCUCUCAUUCGUCCAAAAGUGACACGAAGUGUUCAUUUUUGUCCGACAACAAAAAAAUUUAUGGAACGUCGUUAUGCUGACAUGACAUCGUUAGAAGCAUUUCCAACAUCAGCAGCAUAUCCAACAAAGGACGAUGAUGGAAAUUUGUUAGAAACUGAAUAUGGUUUAUCGAGUUACAAAGAUCAUCAGACAUUUGCUAUACAGGAAAUACCAGAAAAAGCGCCCACCGGACAAUUACCGCGUUCGAUUGAUGUUAUAGCUGAUACGGAUCUUGUUGAUCAAUGCAAACCGGGAGAUCGUGUUCAAGUUGUCGGUGUUUAUCGUUGUUUACCCGGAAAGAAAGGUGGCUUCACGAAUGUUUCUUUUCGUGACAUUAACAUUUUGCUUAUCGGUGAUCCAUCCGUUGCUAAAUCACAAUUGUUGCGUUAUGUAUUACAUAUUGCACCUCGUGCUAUACCGACAACUGGUCGUGGUUCAUCCGGUGUGGGUCUGACUGCAGCUGUCACUUCUGAUGCUGAAACGGGUGAUAGACGUUUGGAAGCUGGUGCUAUGGUAUUAGCUGAUCGUGGAAUUGUGUGUAUCGAUGAAUUUGAUAAAAUGUCUGAUAUUGAUCGUACAGCUAUACAUGAGGUUAUGGAACAAGGUCGUGUAACAAUCGCCAAAGCGGGAAUACAUGCACAAUUAAAUGCAAGAUGUAGUGUUUUAGCUGCAGCAAAUCCCGUUUAUGGAAGAUAUGAUCAAUAUAAAACGCCGAUGGAAAAUAUUGGUUUACAAGAUUCAUUAUUAUCACGUUUUGAUUUGAUAUUUGUUUUAUUGGAUAACUGUGAUAUGGAACAAGACAAUAUAAUUGCUGAUCAUGUACUACGAAUGCAUCGUUAUCGUCCAGCUAAUGAACAGGAUGGAGAAGUAUUACCAUUUGGUUCUGAAGUUGAUGCUUUAACAACAGAAACGAUCAAUGAUGCUGAACGAGAAAAUGAAGAGGAAAUACAAGUUUACGAUAAAUAUGAUGCUGUUUUACAUGGACCGUAUUAUUCAAAAAAGACAAAAUUUGUUAACAUUCGUUUUAUGAAAAAAUAUAUUCAUUUUGCUAAGAAUUUAAAACCACAAUUAACAAAGGAUGCUGCUGAUUUGAUUGUUGAAGAAUAUACAAGGUUACGUAAUCAAGAUUUAACACAAACGGAUAAUCAAGCACGUACUCAACCAAUAACAGCUAGAAGUUUAGAAAGUAUGAUUCGUUUAGCCACGGCACAUGCCAAAUGUCGUAUGUCGAAGACAGUCGAUACUGAAGAUGCUGAAGUAGCUCUUGAUCUUGUACAAUUUGCUAUAUUUAAAAAAGUCCUGGAAAAAACAAAAUCUAAAAAACAACCAACUGCGAAUGAUAAUAAUGAUGAAGUGGAUGAUGAUGAAAAUAUUCCUGCAGCUACACCGAAAAGACGACGUUCAUCGCCAUCAAAUGAAAGCAGCGCUGUUAAACGUCAUCGUCAUAAACCACCUGGUAUAACCGAUGGAAAUGUUGAUGACGAAGAUGCACCGUCAACCGAUGGUGUAUUAACUACUCAACGAAAAAGAAAGCCUCGAAUGGAUAUUGAUAGUGUUACAGUAGGACAGUUGGAUUCCAUUACAGCUGAUCGCUUGGACGUAUUUAAAACACAUUUAUCAAAAUUAAUUGAUCGUCAACCAUCUGUUCCAAUGUCAGAUGUACACGAUUAUUUUGAUAAACAUGAUUCAACAUUCACUGGAAAUGAAAUACGUUCAGCAUUAGUUAAAAUGCAAGAUGAUAAUCAAAUUAUGAUAUGUGAUGAAAUUAUUAUUCGUAUAUAA